UCUUCUUCCGCCACCAAAAAUUCUCGAAUCUGCUACUCUCUUUCUCUCUCUCUCUCUUCUCUGUACUUCACUAGCUGACUUCUAGGGUUUCGUCUUCUCUUUCGUCGAUGACGACAUCGAUCGGAGCUUCGCACACCGCAAUGGCGAGGGACUCGAAGGUUCAAAUUCAGAAGUUUAACGGCCUGAGGUCUUCGCAUUCACUGCUCUUGAACAAGCGCAUUCAUUUCUUCUCGGCUUCGACUUUCAAUCCUCCGAUCAUCAGAGCUGUUUCAACGCCAGUCAAGCCAGAUACUUCCACUGGGCCUAAGCGUAGCAAAGUGGAAAUUUUCAAAGAACAAAGUAACUUCAUUAGAUACCCUCUUAAUGAGGAGCUCUUAACGGAUACCCCAAAUAUAAAUGAGGCUGCUACGCAAAUGAUCAAGUUCCAUGGAAGCUAUCAACAGACCAACAGGGAUGAACGUGGUACAAAGUCUUACUCAUUUAUGCUUCGUACAAAAAAUCCUUGCGGAAAGGUUUCAAACAAACUCUACUUGGCCAUGGAUGAUCUUGCUGAUCAGUUUGGUAUUGGAACACUCCGUUUGACUACCAGACAAACAUUUCAGCUCCAUGGAGUUUUGAAGAAGGACCUCAAGACAGUAAUGAGUACCAUCAUUAGAAACAUGGGUUCAACUCUUGGUGCAUGUGGUGAUCUCAAUAGAAAUGUUCUUGCUCCAGCUGCACCACUUGCUAGAAAAGAUUACCUUUUUGCACAGGAGACUGCAGAAAAUAUUGCUGCGCUUCUAACUCCUCAGUCUGGUUUUUAUUAUGAUAUGUGGGUGAAUGGAGAGAGAAUUAUGUCUGCAGAACCUCCUGAAGUAGUGAAGGCACGCAAUGAUAAUUCCCAUGGGACAAAUUUUCCCGAUUCACCCGAGCCUAUUUAUGGAACACAGUUCUUGCCAAGGAAAUUCAAAGUUGCAGUUACUGUGCCAACAGAUAACUCAGUAGAUAUUCUCACGAAUGACGUUGGUGUUGUGGUUGUCUCUAAUGAUAAUGGGGAACCUCAGGGUUUCAACAUUUAUGUUGGUGGUGGUAUGGGAAGAACGCACAGACUGGAAACUACAUUCGCCCGUCUGGCAGAGCCAUUGGGAUAUGUACCAAAGGAGGAUAUAUUGUAUGCUGUGAAAGCUAUUGUUGUUACACAACGAGAAAAUGGGAGAAGGGAUGACCGCAAGUAUAGUAGAAUGAAAUACUUGAUCAGCUCAUGGGGGAUUGAGAAGUUUAGAACUGUUGCUGAACAGUAUUACGGAAAGAAGUUUGAGCCUUGCCGUGAAUUACCUGAGUGGGAAUUUAAGAGUUAUUUGGGAUGGCAUGAGCAAGGUGAUGGUGGUUUAUUUUGUGGGCUCCAUGUUGAUAAUGGUCGUAUUAAGGGUGUGAUGAAGAAGACAUUGAGGGAAACUAUUGAGAAGUAUAACUUGAAUGUGCGUAUCACACCAAACCAGAACAUUGUCUUGUGUGAUAUUCGUCGAGCAUGGAGGCGCCCCAUUACCACAGCUCUUGCACAAUGUGGUCUGCUGCAUCCUCGGUAUGUAGAUCCCCUAAAUAUAACUGCAAUGGCAUGCCCAGCUUUGCCACUUUGCCCUUUGGCAAUAACUGAAGCUGAGCGUGGAAUACCAGACAUCCUUAAGCGGGUUCGUGCUGUGUUUGAGAAGGUUGGUCUCAAGUAUAAUGAAUCCAUAGUGAUGAGGGUAACUGGUUGCCCCAAUGGUUGUGCUAGACCCUACAUGGCUGAACUUGGAUUGGUUGGUGAUGGUCCCAAUAGCUAUCAGAUUUGGCUUGGGGGAACACCGAAUCAAACCUCAUUGGCAAGAACCUUUAUGAACAAGGUCAAGGUUCAGGAGCUUGAGAAAGUUAUGGAACCUUUAUUUUACUAUUGGAAGCGGAAGCGACAAGCAAAAGAAUCAUUUGGUGACUUCACAAACCGCCUGGGAUUUGAUAAACUCCAGGAAUUGGUUGACAAAUGGGAAGGUCCAGUGGAGUCAUCUUCUCGAUUCAACCUGAAACUAUUUGCUGAUAGGGAGACAUACGAGGCUGUGGAUGAACUAGCAAGGGUUCAAAACAAGAAUGCUCAUCAAUUAGCUAUGGAAGUCAUUCGCAAUUUUGUUGCUUCCCAACAAAAUGGCAAGAGUGAAUAAACCAUGAGAAAAGUCUAUCGCCAAUUUUGCUAUUGACUUGCAAAAUGGUGAAUGUGAGGAAAGGUAAGAGUCGAUUCUCUACUGUUACCACUCGGUAACAGCUGAAAAUAGUGGAGAUUGGAUUUAGCAGCCUUUUGUACCUAGUUUAGGUGUGUGUUUUAGUGUAACUAGACAUGGAUUUUGUAUUUUAUUUUCUAAGUUUUCUAUUUAUAUGAUCGGACCAGACGUGUAGAUAAGCUUGAUCGCUUUACUCACCACUGAAACAAUAAUUCCUCCAUAUUAGCUUGAUAUAUCUUGUUGAGCUCA